AUGGCCAAAAGUGGCAUAAUUUUUCUCUUGGCAGUGGCUGAAAUCACUGCCAAACAGCAUAUUUCCAAUCUGGAGGCAAAGAUUGUCGGUGGAGAGCCCUUGGAAAUUCAUGAAGUUCCUUGGCAAGUGGCAUUGCUGGAAAAUGGAUCCUUCGGCUGCGGUGGAAUCAUCUAUAGUGACUGUGUGAUCCUGACUGCAGCUCACUGUGUUUAUGGCAAAGAUGAGGAGUUUCUCUCAGUCCGCGGCGGAUCGGCCUUUAGAAGUUCUGGCGGCACUGUAGUGGUGGUUAAAAAAACAAUAGUUCACCAAAAUUAUAUUCACAACCCAACAGUUUUUAAAGAUUCCAAUGACAUUGCCGUACUCAUUCUCAAGUCCCCCCUGCCUCUCGAUGGAAAAACAAUGCAACUUAUUCAAUUGUCAGAAGUUCGAACAGAACCAGAAACACCGGCUGUGGUCAGCGGAUGGGGAAAGAUCUUCAGCAGUCCUGUCUUCGGCGCUACUAAGGAACUUAUGGCCACCGUUCUUAAAGUUCAAAGCCCAGAUCGUUGCAAGAAAGCCUACGAUGCCUGGAGUACUCUAUUCGGCGUGAACCUUGAAAUUGGUAAAAAGUGGCCCGAUGGUCUAAUUUGCGCAUCUAGUACGUUCAGCAAUGUUUGCAAUGGAAACUCUGGAGGUCCUUUAGUCAGAAUGGACUCCGAUUUUCAAUACAAGCUCAUUGGCAUCGUUUCUAGAGGCUCCCAAUGCCAAGGUCCUGAUGUCUUCACGGAUACUUUAUAUUACAAAGAAUGGAUCGAGCACACAGUUACUAAAUACAAUCUUAACACUUUCUUUAGAUCUUAA